CAGCUCGGGCGCGAGCAAGAAGGAGGCGUGUGCCCGCGGCGCGGGCCCGCAGGUAAAGCGAACAGAGUAUGCCAAUCAUUCCAUCAGGCACUUAUGUUAAGAACUUGGACGGUGGUAAUUCACCAUGGCUUAUGGCUUGCCAAGAAAGAACACAGUGAAGACCAUAUUGCAGGGCAGUUGUUAUAAAGUACAGGAACCUUGGGAACUUGCACUGCUUACAAAGACCUGGUAUACGAACCUAGCCAACAUCAAGUCACCUUUCUUGGGAAAAAUUACAUUUGGUAGCCCUUUAUGCCUCAGAAAAACUAAAGCCAUUAAGAAUGCUCUGCUCCCUUCUGCAGAAUCCCUCAAACUUGAAAGGGAGUAUGAAAUGAAGCGCUUGAAUCACCUGAAAUGUCAGCAGAAUGUAGCUGUGGAAAUUCAGCUUUCCCUAAGGGAAAGGCAAGUUGGUUUGAGAAGACCUCUUCCACCUAAGUGAUAUCAUCUCAUAAUCAAAUCUGUACUCAGUGCUUUCCACGUCCAAAGGCAAUGAAGGUCUCCAACCUUUUACUGUGUGAAGUUUGGUACAGACAUAUGAAUGCCCACUGGUAGAUUAGCCAGUGGGUUAAUGGACAGCUCUGACAGAUCUUCUGUGUCCCUUCCUUUGUACCACAAGAGACAACACUAGAAUAGAAAUGCAUGAAAUAUUUCCUGUGAUUUGUACAGCUGGAUCUCAAAAUUAAGAGACACACAGAGAGAGAGAGAGAG